UCCUCAUGGCUCAACAUCUGACCCUUUUGCUGGACAGCUGUGAUCUGAUACUUACCUCUGUUGCCGGACCACUGUUUAGAGGUGACAGUGCUCAAGUCACUGCUGUCAACUCCAAGGUGUUGAAACUGAGUAAGAACGUUACCGAGGGGGCGUCUGGAUGCAAGGAAGGUCUGCAUCGUGGGAGCAAAUUCUGCUGUCUGCCGUGCCCUCCUGGGACGACUUCCUCUCGGCUGCACGGUGAAGGAAGACAGGAAGGCCAAGGCGAAAAGCACGUGGGUUGCUGCUGUAGAGUCACAGAGCCAAUAAGGACCAUGUGUAGUAGGUUGCAUGGCACACAAAAAGCUGCCGACUGCGAAAAUGAUGGGGGUCAACCAUCCUGUACUCCCUGCGAAGAAGGGAAGGACUAUACAGACGGGAACCAUUUUUCUUCCAGAUGCAGAAGAUGUAGAAUUUGCGAUGGAGAGCAUGGCUUAGAAGUGGAAAAGAACUGUACCAGGACCCAGAAUACCAAGUGCAGAUGUAAAUCAAACUUUUUUUGUAACGUCUCUCUGUGUGAACACUGUGACCCGUGCAUCACGUGUGAACACGGAAUCCUUGAGGCUUGCACACCAACCAGCAACACCAAAUGUAAACAAGGAUCCAACUUGAAAUAUCUGUGGUUUUGUGUCCCAAUCCUGAUUCUACUGUCCGCACCUGCGUGUUGGUAUGUGAUCAAACAGCGCAGGAUUAAGAAGUAUGGCUGCACUGAAUCUUUAGUCUCCACUACUGAAAGUAUGCCGAUGAAUUUCACAGACAUUGAUUUGAGUAAAUAUAUCAGUAGCAUUGCCGAACAAAUGAAAAUAACUCAAGUCAAGGAAUUCGUUCGGAAGAAUGGAAUCAACGAAGCCAAAAUAGAUGAGAUCAAGAAUGACAACCUCCGAGACACAGCUGAGCAGAAGGUCCAACUGCUCCGUAAUUGGUACCAGCUCCACGGGAGGAAGGGCGCAUAUUACACUUUAAUUACAGGUCUCAGAAAAGCCAAUCUCUGUACUCUUGCUGAGAAAAUUCAAGAUAUGGUCCAGAAGGACAUUACUGGCUAACUUGAGUGUGGAGACUGUAAAUAUGAAAAUAAAAGACAAAGCCUGGCUAAAUGUGAAAAGUAGCUCAGUUCUCAGUAUAUAUUAAGCCACAGAAAGCAAAAUUAGCAUUGGAAUGAGUUUUUUAAUCGCUGUAGACUCUCAACAUCACUUGAGUUUUUUUACAGGGUGUGUUUUUCUUUUUCAUUUGUUAGAUUUUAGAGCUAAUAUGUUUAUAGGUUUGGAGGGUCUCACAAUUCUGACUUGAAGGAUGUUGGGAAGACAGACCUGGUUAAAAGUAAAUUCAGUGGCAUGUCGUGUGUACAAGUGUGUGUACAAAGGAGAAAAGAUUGGGAACACACUCUAGUGUCUAGACUAGAGUUAGAGGGUGUAGGUAUGACUAGAAUCCGUGUAUGUGAAUACAAAUGUCUAUCUGUAGGUUGAGUCUCCUCCCCAUAAAUCGAUAGAAGCAAUGAUUUUGUUGUGAUGUCACAAUCACUGAAAAGACUACUUCACCUCUGCCUUACCUCCGUAAUGACUCUAGAGAUCCUACUAUUUACUUGUAAACUGUGCAGCUCUGAGAGAAGAGUAUUUGAGGAACAUUUUGCAUAUGUGUCUGAAUGUUUCUAUCUCAAAUAUCUUUGUACACGUUGUUGGCAUUUCCUUGUGAGAUAUUGCCAUUUUGAAUCCACAUAGAAAAUGCAGAUUGGAUUAUAAUGCUUGGAUAUUUCAUAUUCAUGCGUAUGACUUUUUUCUGGAUCAAGUUAAUUCACUUAGUUCUCAGGUGUAGAAACGAUUUUAUCAAGGAAGGACUACUGGAGCCUUGUUGCCUGUCCAUCCUCCGCCUGAUUGGCCUUGACUGCCAGUGUGCUCUCCAACCCAGAAGUGUGGCCCAGCAAACACUUCAUGAUCCCCUAAAAGCCAGGGCUGCUCAGAGAAACUUCUAGCCUGCUUUGGAGAGACUAACUACUGUUACAGAAGGUAGUGUUGUGGCCUACCAAGGACCUGUGUCUACCUCCAAAGCUGAUACUGGAUUCCUAUUUUGUUUUGUUCCUCAAAAAACGCUCAGUAACACCGUGCGUGUCCUCUCUCACGACAAACCUACAAACGCAGCUCAGACACAGCAAAGGGGUGAAAUCAGCCUCAGGUUUAUGAAGGGCUCUUGUGACUCCCUCCGCUUCUGAGUCAAAGCCGCCCCCCUCCCUACUGCCCCUGCCUGACUCUUAUCUGUAAACACUUCUGAAAGUUUGUAUUAGGCAUGGACUUUAAUAAGUGCUAUUUAUAUUUACAUAGAUGUAAAUCGAAGAUAGUGAUACACUGAAGCAGAUAGUUACACCCACCUAAAGAGCUUCCGUGGACAGAAGGUAUUUUUUUCUUAUGUUUGGAAACAUAAAAUAUUUAAUUAAAAUGAUGUUUCUGGAA